AUGCAUAAUAAUUCAAUUAACUGUAAGGUUGAAGAUGAAGAGAAAGAUCCAAAUACAUACGAACAGAUGUCAUCCAGUGAGGGAUCUCAAGACUUUGAUCCUCUAUAUCAUACUUUCUACGCUGGGGGGGUCUAUCUUAUUAUCGUCAACAUUAUAAUGUGCCAUAAAGCAUUCUCCGCUUCUAUCAUAUUAGCUUUAUGUCUCAACAAGCAACUGAAGAAAAUAGUGCGUAAGACCAGCAUCGAUAUGCCACGAUUUGAAGUGUAUUGCUUGCUACUGUUGUGCGUCACAACAGCAACAGCAAGACACUCCCGUACUAAUGCAACAGCAACUUUGAUGCCAAUUCUUGCUGCUGGUGACAAUUUACAUGAUGCUGAAAGCGCUCCACCAGCACCGAAGCACCCAUCAACUGCCGCUUUACCGCACUUGCAGCAAGCAACAGUGGAGCAGUCGCGAACUGAUAAAGUUGUUGCAAUUGAAAGUGCAGCGAAUGCUUCAGAGCAACACGACAAGAAUGCAACUGCUACAUCAAUAGCAACAACGGGUCGCAAAGGCUCCGCUGACAGCCCGACUAAGAAAAACCAAUUACCCAAGCAAGAACAGAAGACGCCAACAGUUGAUGAACGCCCUGAGCAACGACAGAAUGCCAAUUAUGACAUCAACAACAGUCAUGAGGACAACGGCAACAGCAACAGCAACAGCAACAGCAACGCCAAUUGUGAGCCUGAAAUGGUUGGCUUCGAAAUUGUAACUGGCUACGUUUUCUCAGCACCAGAUAGAUUACUGGAUUCCAUGCCUGGUACUCUAAUGCUGACUGAUUGCUUAGAUGCUUGUCUGAAUAACGAGACUUGUCAUGCUGUUAACUAUGAAACUGGAUUAUGCGUACUUUUUAAAGCGAAUGCAGAUCAAUUACCAGGUGCUCUCACCAAGUCUCAGUUCCCUGUUUUUACAAUUUAUGCACAAAAGUCCUGUCUGGGUGUGAAGCCAUGUUCACGCUCAUGGUGUGUAGAUCGUGUGCAAGAUUAUAAAUUGAAAGGAUAUCCUAAACAAUCGUACACUGUAACAUCAAGAAGGGAUUGCAUGGAACUGUGUUUGGGUGAAACGGAAUUCGCCUGCAGAUCGGCAAAUUACAAUCGAGGCACGAAAACAUGCGAGCUUUCCGAAAUGGACCGCUUUACUUUGUCUGGAACCACUGCAUUCCAGGCCAGCGCUGGCAACGAUUACCUUGAGAACAACUGCGCAGACGAGCCAAACAAAUUGUGUGAGUUCAAGCGCUUAUCCGGUAGAAUCUUAAAAACUGUCGAUUCCGUAUAUCAGGACGUGGCCAGCAUUGAAGAGUGUCGAGAUCUGUGUUUAAGUACACCUUUCAGAUGCCACUCAUACGAUUACGGCGAUACUGGUGAUAUGGUUUGUCGUCUUUCCCAUCAUAAUCGUGCCACUUUGACUGACAUACAAAGUCCUUACUUAGAUGUACCGGAAGCAGCUACUUAUGAACUGUCAUCUUGCUACAACGUGACCAUCGAAUGUGGUGCAAGUGAUAUGAUAACACGCAUCCGUACCUCCAAACUAUUCGAUGGCAAGGUGUACGCCAAGGGCGCACCAAAAUCCUGUGCUGUGGAUGUUAGAAGUGCGCUUGAUUUCGAAAUACGCAUGGGUUAUCAAGACUUGGAGUGUAAUGUGCACCAGAGUGGACCGGGGCGUUACAUGAACGAAAUUGUCAUACAACAUCAUGACACAAUAGUCACUUCAUCCGAUUUGGGUUUGGCAGUUACUUGCCAAUAUGACAUGACCAAUAGAUCUGUAACGAAUCAUGUAGAUUUGGGUAUCAAAGGUGAUAUUGAACCAGCACUGUCCGAAGAAGUGAUUGUCGAUUCACCGAAUGUUAUAAUGAAAAUUACUUCACGUGAUGGUUCUGAUGUGAUGCGUAUAGCUGAGGUCGGUGAUCCAUUGGCACUCAAGUUCGAAAUACUUGACGAGUUGAGCCCUUAUGAAAUAUUUGUACGAGAAUUGGUUGCUAUGGAUGGUGCUGAUAACGCAGAAAUAACACUCAUCGACUCAAGAGGUUGUCCAACAGAUUACUUUAUUAUGGGCCCUAUAUAUAAGAGUACUACAUCCAAUAAGAUUUUGCUCUCACAUUUCGACGCUUUUAAGUUUCCAUCUUCCGAUUUAGUACAGUUCCGAGCAUUGAUAACACCCUGUAUGCCGACUUGCGAGCCAGUGCAAUGUGAUGAUGAUGAUAUGACUGGAGGUUACAGGCCAUUAACUUCAUAUGGCCGCCGAAGACGAUCGGUUAAUAUAACUGCUACUUACCCAGAUCUACGUAACAGUCGAGCCCUACGUGAAACUAAUAAAAAGACAAAUCUAGAGAACAUGCUCUUAGUGCAAUCAAUCAAGAUUACAGAUAAAUUUAUUUUCGAUAAACAAAAGGGAUUAAAAGCAACUGAUGCCGAAGAAGAGAUAUUAAUUUCCAGCGAUAGUUUAAGAGGGUUCUGUAUAAAUGGCAUUGGUCUUGUUGUCGCUGGUACAAUAUUUUUGCUGGCUCAGUUGGCAGUAAUUGCUAUUUGGACUUUCCUUUAUCAGAGACGUAAAAAGGAACGUGGCUACUCUUCGAGUAAAGAUCAUAAAAGUAACUCCUCAAAUUUUUCCACGCAAAGCAGCUCCACGAGGUCGAAAAUUGCAUCUAACGGACGCGCUGAGUCUUUAAAUAAAUUGUAUGAUAGUGGCUUCGCUGGCCGUCAUGGACGUCAUUUUUGA